GGAGGAGAUCCCCGUCAGCAAUGUGGCAGAGCUGCUGCACCAGGUGUCCAUGGGGAUGAAGUACCUGGAAGAGAAGAACUUUGUGCACCGUGACCUGGCAGCCCGCAACGUCCUGCUGGUCAACCGGCACUACGCCAAGAUCAGCGACUUCGGCCUCUCCAAGGCACUGGGCGCCGACGACAGCUACUACACCGCCCGCUCGGCGGGGAAGUGGCCACUCAAGUGGUACGCGCCCGAGUGCAUCAACUUCCGCAAGUUCUCCAGCCGCAGUGACGUCUGGAGCUAUGGGGUCACCAUGUGGGAGGCCUUCUCCUAUGGCCAGAAGCCCUAUAAGAAGAUGAAGGGGCCCGAGGUCAUGGCCUUCAUCGAGCAGGGCAAGCGGAUGGAGUGCCCACCAGAGUGUCCGCCCGAAAUGUAUGCACUUAUGACCGACUGCUGGAUCUACAAGUGGGAGGACCGUCCUGACUUCCUGACUGUGGAGCAGCGCAUGCGGACCUACUACUACAGCUUGGCGAGCAAGGCUGAGGGCCCCCCAGAGUGUGGGAAGGGGGUGGAGGCUGCCAGUGCCUGAGCACCAGCCUGCCCAGGGCCUCAGGCCCCUGUGCCCAGCUUCUGCUCUGUGCCUGCAGCCCCAGCCCAGGACCUCCUGUCUGGCUGGGCCAGCCCGGUUCCUCUGCCCCGCAGCUGGGCUGUGAAGGGGGUAGCUGAGGCCUCAGGCCCACACCGGUCUAGCAUCCCCUACCUGGUUGCCCGUCCUUUCUGGCUGGGGGAGGAGGGAAGCCCUGGGGUGGGGGUGAGAUUGUGUAGCCUGAUCCUGGGCUGAUAUGUACUGAGGGGCCCUGAGCUGAGGGGUGCUUACAACAAGGAUCCUCCUUCCUUGGGGCCCUGAAGGGGAAGACUGGGAGU